CCCGAGCGGCACCGGCACAGCCCCGCCCCCGCCAACCGCCCGCCCCCCGCGCACCGGCGGCACCUGCGCCGGGAACGGGAACCGGAAUGGGAACGGCACCUGCGCCCGCCCCGGGAACGGGAAUGGGAACAGCACCUGCGCCCGCCCCCCGCAACGGGAACGGGAAUGGGAACGGGCAUCACCCGCUGGGACCGGGAUCAACACCCCCGGGAACGGCACCUGCGUCCGCCAACGGGAAUAGGAACAUAACCCCCGGGAACAGGAACGGAGCCCCCAAGAACCAGCACCAGGCACUGGGAAUGGUACUGGGAACGGAGCCCCCAGGAAUGGCACCGCUUUCGGGAACGGAACCGCCGGGAAUGGAACUGGGAACGACCUCCGGCAUCGCCCUCGGGAACGGCAGCCACGGGAACGGGCCCGGGAGUCGGCACCGGGAAUGUCAUUGAUGGGAACGGCACCCGGCAUCGGUACCAGGAACAGAGACACGACAAUGGAACCCUCGGGAAUGACAUCCCGGGAAUGACACCGGGCAUCGGCAGUGUUUUCCAUGGAAACAGCAUCGGGAGUCAUCCCCGGGAACGG